UCACCUCACAUUGAUUGUUCCACAGCGCUCGGAGAAGAGCAGUGGCCUAAACACAUUUCAAAUUCUCAAACAGAAGGAUGGCGGAUUACAAGCAAAACAGAAGGGCUUGCACCGACGACGGAGCAGGGCCGCAGGAGGAGGGAGACAGAGUGAAAACUAAGCCUGUCUCUUGUAGCUCUGUGGGAGGAGAAGGGGCCGCAGUCAAACGCAAAUCCCAGCAACUCAUACCUGAAGAUGAGGACGAUUCCUCUGAAGACCUACCAGCUCCCCCCAAAGUCUCCAAGAUAGGCUUUAGCAUGAGCAGUCCCAUGGCGAAGAAGUCAAACCCAAUAUCCAUCAAACUUGGAGCAACAAAACCUAAAGAACCUGCACCUUCCGCUCCUCCAAAGAAGUCAGGGCUGGCUUCUGUUUUCGACGAAGAUGAUAGUGAACCUGAGGAGAUGCCACCAGAAGCAAAGAUGAGGAUGAAGAACAUUGGCAGAGAGACACCAACAUCUGCAGGUCCCAAUUCCUUCAACAAGGGCAAGCAGGGUUUCUCUGAUCAUAAAAAACUGUGGGAGAGGAAGAUGAAGGCCCAAGCAGACCAACUGUAAAUGACUACAACCUUUUUUGUCACUAAUUGAUGAUUUUGUAUAGUUUAAACCAUAUCGGAGAUAUCUAUGAAAUAUUUCCCUGCUGCAGUGUUGACAUCCUCUCAACUUUGUGGCAAGUGAUGAAUAACACAUAAUGACGUUUACGUUUUUAACCACUACUGGCUGAUUUGUUUGUCAACCCUCUCUGAUCCGGGCUGCAGACUGGGAUGCUGUAGAUAUGGGAGAAAUACAUUGGCCCGAAUAUAGUUUUAAAUUGUGUAAAAAAAAAUAAAAAUAGGUUGCUUUCUGCUAGCUUAUUAAAAAAAACUAGAAUCUAAGAGCCCUGAUGCCCCUUUUGUGACAUGCAUGUUCAGACCUGAAGCUGGUAAGCUAGCGCUUACGGUCACUUGUAACAUAUUUGUAAGUGUGAUAUUGUUUUAUUUUUGAAUCCAUAAAAUGGGUAUGUGUGUUUGAGUGUGAAGUCAUCAUGCAUGUGCGUGUGUGCAUAGCAUGGAUUAGAGCUGCAGAUGGAUUUUUCUUUUUCAUUUAGUUUCUCAACACCAUUGUAUAACCCUUUGUGUUCACCAGCUGUGCCCGACAUACAAAAUUUGUCUGUUUUCUUUUAUGUUUGUUUGUGCGUUGGGCCAGUAUUUCUGGGUUUGUUUAAUCAAUACUAUAUCUGUCUGUUCAAACAAGUCUGGCAAAAUGUGGCUGUGAAUUUUUCUUAUUUUCCCAUUGAAAGGACUGAUACUGUUAUUUGUGUGAACACCACCUUUAAAGGAUACCAGAGUGCUGGUAAUAGUUAUACAACAUGAUUAUGGGGGAUUAAACUGCAAGUCAGUAAUGAUUAGGUACUGGUAAAAACUCUUCCUCGCCACUUUGAAAUCAGAAACCCCAUGCUUCAGGAAUAUUACCCCACUCCUAUUAGUUUAGAUAAAUAGGGUACCUCAGUGACUUCUCCUGUGCCUCCUUUUGGAAAAUCCCGAUAAUCAGAAACUCUGUAUUCCUCAGUGGGUUACCCGCAUGUUAUGCUCCCCCAAAUGGAUCAAUUAUCCACUGUUAAGACCUCUCUUGAAUACAUAUCUAUCUUAAAGUCAGUCAAAUAAAAAUUCUGAAUGAUC